AUGACUUAUAAAGCAAAAACUGGAUGGGGAAAUAUUCAAAUGGUUUCAGACGAGAAGAUAGUGAACUUAGGGUGUUCCAGAUUUGAAAGAAAAUCAGUCUCUGAUCCCAUUAUCAAAACAUUUUCAGAAAAUGUUCGUCUUAGCCUGGCAAUUCACACAGUUAAUGCCACGUUCACUGCCUUGCUCAUCAAAAACCGUAGACGUCUACGCAGACGGAGACGUAAACUAGGUGGAAAGAUCUUUGUGGGAACAAAAGGAAUCCCUCAUCUGGUGACCCAUGAUGCUCGCACCAUUCGCUAUCCUGAUCCCCUCAUCAAGGUGAAUGACACCAUUCAGAUUGAUUUGGAGACUGGAAAGAUUACUGAUUUCAUCAAGUUUGAUACUGGUAAUCUGUGUAUGGUGACCGGAGGUGCUAAUCUGGGAAGAAUUGGUGUGAUCACCAACAGAGAGAGACACCCUGGUUCUUUUGAUGUGGUUCAUGUGAAAGAUGCCAAUGGCAACAGCUUUGCCACCCGGCUUUCCAACAUUUUUGUUAUUGGCAAGGGCAAUAAACCAUGGAUUUCUCUUCCCCGGGGAAAGGGCAUCCGCCUCACCAUUGCUGAAGAGAGAGACAAGAGACUGGCAGCUAAACAGAGCAGUGGGUAAAAUGGUCCCUAGGUGAUGUGAUUGGAAGUCUUUACACAUAAUUAAAGAUUGAUACAACAUGAAAAAAAAAA